GUCUGUGUGUGUGCGUGAGAUAGGGAUGCUGAGAGAAAGUGAGGCAGGGCGCGAGUGUCUGUGUGUAGAGAGAAAGAGAGAGCGCGCGCUCCAGGUUGGCGCAGGCACCGGUCAGGGAGAACGGAGCGUUGUGCAAGGUGGAAGCAUGGCUUCGUCUCACGGGAGAAGCGACCUGCGGUUCGCAGACUGGAUGGCAAGUUUACCGCAGAGCAUGCACACUAUCCCGCUCACCAACCUGGCUAUUCCCGGAUCCCACGAUUCCUUCAGUUUUUACAUCGAUGAGGCGUCUCCAGUGGGCCCCGAGCAGCCAGAGACGGUGCAGAACUUCGUUUCUGUUUUUGGCACGGUGGCCAAGAAGCUAAUGAGGAAGUGGUUGGCUACACAGACUAUGAACUUCAUGAGCCAACUGGAGGCUGGGAUCCGCUUCUUUGACCUGCGCAUCUCCACCAAGCCCCGUGACCCUGAAAAUGAGCUGUACUUCGCCCACGGGCUCUUCAGUGCCACGGUCAGAGAAGGCCUAGAGCAGAUCAGCAGUUUUCUGUCAGCUCAUGCCAGAGAGGUGGUCUUCCUGGAUUUCAACCACUUCUACGGCAUGCAGAACCUGCACCAUGAAAAACUGGUGACCAUGUUAAAGGAGGUGUUUGGAGAGAAGCUCUGCCCUGUUGUUUUUGCCCAGGAGGUGACUCUGCAGUAUCUAUGGGAGAAGGAGUACCAGGUGCUUGUCUUCUACCACCAUCCCAUGGCCCUGGAGGUGCCCUUCCUGUGGCCAGGCCAGAUGAUGCCUUCUCCUUGGGCCAACACCACUGACCCAGAGAAGCUGAUUCAGUUUCUGCAGGCAUCUAUCACUGACCGCAGGAGGAAGGGGACGUUCUUUGUCUCCCAGGUGGUUCUGACACCAAAAGCCAGCACUGUGAUGAAGGGUGUGGCUAGUGGACUGAGAGAGACAAUUACAGAAAGGGCUUUACCAGGUAUGAUGCAGUGGAUCAGAUCUCAAAGACCCGGGGAGAGCGGCAUUAACAUCAUCACAGCUGAUUUUGUGGAGCUCGGAGAAUUCAUCAGCGCCGUCAUCACCCUCAAUUAUCACCUGGAUGACGAAGACGACGACGCGACCUGAGAACCCGCAGCGGGCGUCAAGGAGUGCAGUCACCACCACUAAUACUAGUGGUUGCGUCUGUGCUCUCACUCUUUUCUCUUUGGCAUUUAUUUCAGGAGGGGGAGCUAAACGGCUCCUUUCACUUUAUUUAGGGCUAUAGUGAGAUGAGCGGUCAAAUGGAAAAAGGAGAUUGAGGAAUUUCAAGUUGAGACUGGUAGACAUAACGCUGAUGUUCGGUUGGAGCACUUUGAGAGUGAGGUUUUGUUUUGUUUGUGUCCAGUUUUAGGGGAUCCAAAAGAUUUUUGAUUUUUUUCUUUGUUUGUUUUUUUUCAGGUAAAAUGUUGAUUUUCUUUACUCCCUGUGCUGUAAAAAUCCCUGCUUUGUCCACUGAUCAAAUGCACUGUUUUCAGGCUUACCACUUCAUCACGGGUAGGUUCCUCAGAGCAUAUCAACCGUCUGCUAAAUGUAUUGGUACAUCAAUCGUGGUAUUCUAGUGACAGUGACAGUUUUUUCAGAGGCUGUUUAUAAUAAGUCUGUGUAUCUCAAACUUUAGGCCGGUGUAAGUAGCUAGCAGUUCUAUGUCUUGUUUGGCAAAUCUGUCCAAGUGAAUUCUCUCUCUUUUGUUUUUAACAAUAUGCAUCUUUGGUCAGAUCACUGCGGGUGUUUUUGAAAACGCCUCCAGCAGCUUGAAAGCAGAGUGUGAUUAAAAAGUGUUGUUCCAAUGUGUUUAUUCAAUACAUAGACAAAAACGAAUCGUUCCCAUUUCUUUUUGAAACUGUAGUCCCUUGUGGGAUUUUCACCCAGUAAGUCUCCACUGAAGCCAGCUUGCAGCAAUGGCGUUUAUUAGACACCUGUGUACUAUAAAACUAUUUAUCGAUUGAUUAAAAUGAUUCAUGCAGUAAUUCAAAACCAUAUUGCAAGAGAGAGUGAGAGUGCAGCUUGGCUGGCCGACAAGUGUUCCAAUCAUGUAAGAUGGAUUCACAGCGGUCUCUUGUGCAUGAGCACUAAAACAGUAAUUUUCACAUUAUCUGUUUGAUUCAUAUUGCAAGACAAGCAUCAGUUCUCACUGUUGGAAAUGAAGUUGAUGAAACAAGACAUUUCUAAUGGGAAGGUAUUCAGUGCGACAUUUUUUUUUUGCAUUCUGUCGUGGGUGUUGAGUCGUGAUAGCCAAGUAUAAAAAUACAGCAUAUCUGGGUACCACCGUCUGCAUUUCCUUUGCUCAUUGCUUGCCCCCAGUCUGCGUGUGUUUAUCUUUACUGCUACAGUUCAGUGUGUGUGUGUGUGUGUGUGUGUGUGUGUGUGUGUAUAUAUAUACAUAUAUAUAUAUAUAUAUGUAUGUAUGAGUCACCCUGAGCUCCAUCACCGUGUCAUGUAUUUCAUAAUACUAGGUGAUAAAACCUAGUGAUAAAACUGGUUGACAGCCACUCAGAGACUUGUUGUAUUUAAAAAACCUAUCAUAAUUUAGAGUCAGGGGUCCUGAUUUGGCAUCAGCGUUUUAUCACUAGGAAAAUAAUACAAGGAAUAAUCUGUUGAGAUAUAUUUGUAAUUCUUUAGCAUCUUCUUGUUGCUCAUGUUUAUGAAUCCCUCAAUUUCUGCUGUAUCGAUGUUAGUGCAAUACAUUAAUUUCUUAUUUAUAUUUGAUGCAUUUCAUUCUUUCGCUUCCCGGGUUUAAAUCAAGAUGGAAAAGUACGUAGAAAUGAGAUUCAAAAAGACAUCUUCUAUUGCAAGGUUUUAUGCAUGGAAAAAACCACACACACACAAACACAUACUAGUCAAAUAUCCACACACCUCAUGGUCUGUGUGGUAUUUUCUGUAGAGAAUGUAUUCUGCCAGGACAGUGUUAAGAAGUUCAGUAAUGUAAAGCCAAAAACAGAAAACUUUAGUCUUUGGAUUGGUGAAUGUAUGUGUCUCGUGCGUAUCUGUGCCAUUUCUAAAAGUUUCAUGUGAGUGACUGAGUUUCAGCUAGAAAGUCAUGUUUGUAUUAUUAUGCUUCAAUGUGAAAAUGAGUUCAAGUUUUAGAGUUUAAAGAUGUGGUUUCAUGUUAAAAUGUUUUAUAUUGUGGAGAGUUUCUACAUACUGUAACUGCAAAUAGUAUACUGCCGAUAAAUUGUAAGAUAUUUAGAUUAUUAUAUCAUCACUAACAACAUUUUCUUCGUUUUAGUGAGCUACCACACCACCCUCGUUUGUCAUAUUUAUUUUACACUUCAUUUUUUUGCAUGAACUGAAAUCUUCUACAUACUAUACUGUUUUCCGUACACCUAGAGGGUCCAUGAGGUUUGUGCAUAAAUUUGAUUAUUUUCUGCAUAUUGUUGUUAGGAGCAUGCGUGCAUCUCAGCUGGAAAUGUUCCUUCCCUUUAAGACAAAUGUCUAAAUUGAUUUAUUUUUUAAAGGUUGCACUCUUACUAGCCCAUGCAGAUUAUGAAUGAACCCACACAAAUGAGCAGACUUUAAAAUGCUUGCAAACCGUGUUGUAAGGACAUUUGUGUCUUUCCUGGUCCAAACUGUUGUCACUGCCUUUAUGUUCUGAUGUGAAGAGUCCUUUGCUGUUGUAAAACUCGGAAACCUUUGUUCAAAGUGACUCUGUUCUAAGUGGAAAAUGGCAGAUCAAAUAAAGCUUCUAUGCCUA